AAAGCAAGAUGGCCUCUGUUCCUGAAAUGCUUAUGGAGCAAAUCCAGCCUCCCUUGACCACCUCUGGAGGCAAAGUGUCGGUGGUUGGCGUUGGUCAGGUGGGAAUGGCCUGCGCCUUCUCACUCCUGACGCAGCACAUCUGCUCUGAGCUGGCCCUGGUUGACGUUGCUGCUGACAAGCUGCGUGGAGAGAUGAUGGAUCUCCAGCAUGGACUUACAUUCCUGAGGAACGUGAAGAUUGAUGCAAGCACCGAUUAUGCUGUGACAGCUGGCUCUCGAGUGUGCAUUAUUACUGCUGGUGCUCGGCAGAGGGAGGGAGAGUCUCGCCUGUCCCUUGUACAACGCAACGUGGACAUCUUCAAGGGUAUCAUUCCCCAGCUGGUAAAGCAUUCCCCCAACUGCAUCCUCCUCGUUGUGUCAAACCCAGUGGAUAUCCUCACCUACGUUACAUGGAAACUGUCUGGUCUCCCCAAGCACCAUGUGAUCGGCUCGGGCACCAACCUGGACUCUGCCAGAUUCCGCUUCCACCUCUCCCAGAAGCUGAAUGUCGCUCCUUCCUCCACCCAUGGCUGGAUUAUUGGCGAGCACGGUGACUCCUCUGUACCUGUCUGGUCUGGUGUUAAUGUUGCUGGUGUGCGUCUGCGUGAUCUGAACCCAAAAGUGGGAACCCCUGAAGAUCCUGACAAGUACAAUGAACUACACAAAGAUGUUGUGAACAGUGCUUAUGAGGUGAUCAAGAUGAAGGGAUACACUUCAUGGGCCAUUGGAACUUCAUGUGCUGUUCUAACCAGGGCCAUUCUCUCGAACCAACGUACUGUUUACGCCAUAUCUACAAGUGUACAGAAUUACCAUGGUAUCGACAAGGAUGUGUUCCUGAGCUUGCCUGUGGUCUUGGGUGAGAACGGUGUCACUCACGUCAUCAAGCAGACCCUAACAGAAGCUGAAAUUGGUCAGCUCCAACAGUCUGCUAACACACUCUGGGACGUUCAGGCUGGAAUUCAGUUCUAAGUAAAGCUCCAGAGAACAUCCCAACUGUGAACGUUCAGAAAGGGGUCAUGCUAGUGGCACUGCUUGAAGGACUUAAAUUCGAGGAGUGUGAAUAUACUGCCAAAUGAGAAGGAAGACAUGCUGCUAAUGUGAAAUAUUUAUUUUGAAGAUAGAAUGGUUCCUGAUUGUACUAAGGAUGAAAUAUUAAUAUGCAGUUCCAAUACAGUGUAUAUUGCAUUCUGCUGCAUGUGCUUUUUAUGUAUUCAGGAGUUCAUAUAGAGUAAUAACAAAUUAUGGCUUAUUGGUAUAAGAUUGUGAAUGCCUAAAGGCCAGAUAUAUGUGAUGAACUUUAGAAUUAUAUUCCUCCAUCUCCUAUUUAAUUGCAAGUCCUUCUCUAAUUUGAUUUUGAUAAGAAGUUGCCUAUUUUAACAACACUUUAUAGAGCCUUUCUCAGAAUAAAGUAUAAGUUAUGUAAUAGGGAUCAGUAUUACAAUUCUCAAGAUCUUGGCACUGAACGCAUUAUAUUAUGUGUUUGUCUGAUUAAAUUUAGCAAACAUGUAAUUCCUAAACCAGUAUUCUUUAUCAAAUAUAUCUGAUAUAUUUUGAUGUAUCAAUUCUCAUCGUGUUUCCUAAGAAAUCAAUAUAUAACAAUGAAACUAGUAGCCAUAAUGUUUUUUUUUUUUUCUAAGUAGACAAAUUAUACAGUAAUUCAAAGUUAGGUUAGUAAAGUAUAGAGAUUUUGUUCUGUUCAUUGCUCUCUUCUAUAGAUAUAAAAAGAGUUUACAUUAAUGGUUACUUCUGUUUGACUUUCAUGGUGACUUCUGGCAUAUUGAGACACGCAUAAUGCAGUUUAUAUAGGUGAUAAAAUUAUUAAAUUCCUGAAAGGGAAAGUAAGUGA